AUGUUUAGUCCCUCUUCAAUUUUCCACGCACUUCAUAUCCAAGAGAGAUGUCUAGUCCCUCUUCAAUUUGCCAUCUACAAGGACAAUGUUUGGUGUGAUGUUCUGAAGAUGGAUGUGGGUCAAAUUAUUCUUGAAAGACCCUGGUUAUUUGAUAACAACGUUCGCAUCUUCGUACGAUCAAACAUUCUAUUGUUCGAGCACGAUGGGAAGAAGGUCAAGAUCCUUCCGGUUCAACCGAAAGGCAAUGACAAGAAGCCCGAUCCUGACAAGUCUUCUAGAGGCGUUAACCUGAUUGAAGCCAAAGAGAUCGAUCGUAAGCUAGCCAAUGGAGCCCCUAUUUCUAUCCUCACUGCUAGAGAAACUCCCAAGGAUAUUACUAACGUGGUCCCUCCAGAAGUCGCUCUAGUGUUGGAAGAAUUCUUUGGCAUCUUCCUUAAAGACCUCCUGGACCUGUUACCCCCGAUGCAUGAUAUUCAACACGCAAUUGAUUUAGACUCGGGAGUAACUCUUCCCAAUUUGCCUCACUACAGGAUGAACCCCAAUGAGCACACAGAACUGAAGAGGCAAGUUGAUGAACUGCUAAAAAGGAUUUUGUGA